UUCAGGCUCUGCAGACACGUCUGUUGUUUCUCAGCUACAGUAGAGCACAGCAAGGUGUGACUGUGAAGGAUGGAGGAAGAAGUUAAUUACUCUACUGUGGUUUUUAAAAAUAGUGGCUCAGCUCCAAAAGAGCAAACAGAAGACUCUCCAGUUUACUCAGAGGUGAAACCUAAAGGGCCUGCAGCCACGGUAACAAAUGCUGAAGCAGCUGCUGGACACUCUCACUUUCAUGUGCUGCCCGUGUGUUUGGGGAUACUCUGCAUCCUCUUGGUGAUAUGCAUCAGUGCCAUCAUCUACAUCAGCGUAACAAUGAACAAACAGAAAGCUGAACUUGAGAGGCUGAAAACAGAGAGGAGUGUCUUUGAGAAUGAGACUCAGGAGCUGAGCAGAGCCAUGGAUGACCUCAACUGGACUCUGGAGGCCAUUCUGAGUUUUGACAGAUUCCCUGUGACUGAAUUCUGCCCAGAAAAGAAGUGUCAGCCGUGUCCAAAAGGCUGGAAUCUGUUCCAGGAAAAGUGUUAUUUAUUUUUCAAUGAAUCGGGCCCUCAAUGGAAGACAUGGAAAAAAAGCCAAGAAUACUGCCAAAAUAAAGCUUCUGAUCUGGUUGUGAUCGAUAGUUUUGAAGAACAGGAAUUCAUCAGUAAGCACAUCAAAUUUUACCAUGAUGAGUUUCAUGGAUUCUGGUUGGGGUUAUAUGAAUCUGAGGACAAAGUCUGGCAGUGGCUGGAUGGACGUAAUGACACUCUGAGGUACUGGAUGCCUGGACCCCUGGGCAAGUUAGGUCCUUGUGCGCUGAUCAUCCCACAGAGGAAUCUAACAGCCAACUGGGACCCUGCAGAAGAGGAAUUUUUAAACAAGUUCAUCUGUGAGAGACAAACUCUGAUUAGGACCAAUUAAUGAUGAAUUAGUACUAAUACGUCUUAUCAAACUAUUAAUUUCUCAAAUGUUUGUGUGCAGAAAUUAUUUUGCUUAAUAUAUCCACUACAUGGAAAUUUAAAUGUGUGUGAAUACAGUAUGUAGGAUCACUUUAAAAUACAAAAUAGUCAGAAAGUGUUUAUUUUUAUUUUUUUCUGCUGUUAUUUACAAAAUAAGUGUAAUUUAUGGGCUUAUUGUUUGUGUCAUCUUGAAUAAACUUUAAAUCCUGCUGAAGGUGGAAAAUGUAUUUAAAAAAUAGACGAAAGCCAUCUGUUGAAGUUGUUUUAAUCAGCACUUAGAUGUACGGAAGCCCAAAGAGGACAUGCAGCCACACAUUCUAUUUUACUCUAUUUCCUGUGAUAACGAGUAGAUUAUAAAGUAAAAUAAAAUGUAGACAUUGAUAUUUUGUUUUAGGUGUUUAGGCCUUUUGAAAGAAUGAAACUGAAUUUUAUAUUCUUGUUGCACAACCAGCAAGAAAUACUAAGCGAAGAGAUUUGGGCAGAAAUGACUGGAACUUUUGUAAAGUGAUGUGACAACACUAAGUUGUGGUAACUGUCUAAACAUGAGCAAUCACAUCUUGCAAAGUCAAACUGGUCAUGAUGUAAAAGCAGAAACUUCUGCAGUGGCAGAGCUGUAUCCUGUUUGACUUUUUCCCUCACAUAUAUAUUGGCUGUAUUAUUAUUAUUAUUAGAUAUAUGUAUAUAUUUUUAGGAUAUAUAUUUGUACUUUUUUCUUCUGUGCAUAUUUCAUGCAAAUGUCAGUUUUCCUUUUGUUAUCAUCUUCAUUGUUGUUUUAAAUGCUUUUGUGUCAUUUUCUUGUGACGUAAUUAGACUUGCCUAUA